UGUUUUAUAUUGCUUAGGUGGAACGAAGCCAGAUUAUUGAUGACUUGACUCAUCCCACUGUCACAGAGGAGCCAGAGAAUGUAAAAAAUUCUGUCACAAUCCACAGCGACCCAUACACUGCAACAAUGGGGACUCAUGCUAUUGUUCUGUGCACAGAAUGGGAUGAAUUUAUGAUGUUGGACUAUGAACGUAUUUACAAAGGUAUGAUGAAACCGGCUCACAUCUUUGAUGGAAGGAAGAUUUUGGAUCAUGACACGUUAAUUAAGAUCGGUUUCCAAGUGCAGACCAUUGGCAAGCGAUUAGCUAGACCUCUUCUGACAAGGACAUGGGGAAGUCCUUACCAGGCAUAAACAUGAAGUACUAAGUGCAUUUAUAAACAAUAAUUCGA